CGAAUAAUGGUGAUGCCGAAACAACACAUGGUACAGAAGAAAAACCAAAAAUGUAUGGGAUUUUUUCUGCAGUGCUGUCCGGAUAAUACUUAUUCAGACGCAUGGACCUGCCAAUCAGUUGCAGAAAUGCGACUUAUCGCUCAAAAACCUGGUGUACAAAAUUUUGUGCGGAAAACAACGCACGUUUAUAGCGCAAAAGAAAAUGAUUGGGGCUAUUCCUGCUUUAUGACAUGGGCGGAUGUUCUUGAUGAAAGUCAAGGAUACAUAAAAGAUGAUCGGGUUACGUUAGAGAUCACUGUGAAAGCGGAGGCUCCAAAGAAUAUGAUGUUAGUGUCACGCGAGGAUUUCCGACGAUCUAUAGAUCAGUGGUACAAUUUAGCUGAAAUGCAACUGGCUCGUGGCCAAGUAGAUUUAUCAAUUGAAGCAAAUGCUCAAGCUCUCAAGUUCUGCAAAGAUAAAGACAAGCAAUCGCAGGAAAAAUUGGAAGCGCAGCGAGAGCGCCUUGUAAAUCACAAACUUGUCGAAAGUAUUCAUCGGAUCGAGAAAGUGAAAGAUGUGCCAAAAGGAACGGGUGAUGCCUUGCGUCCAACUUCCUUAAGACAAGCUCUCACUGGCGCUCAAAAAUCGGCGACUACUUCGAAAGCGACUAAAGUUAUCAAAAAGGAAAGACGCAAUAUUGUUCAGCAAGGAAAGAAGUCUGGAAAUGCAUUGACUGCGAAGUAA